AUGGCCGAACACACCCAGGCACCCUCCGAGCCGGAGCUUUCCCGCAGAAACUCCGAAGAAGAUUGCGAGAAGGUGGUUAAUCCCAAUCAGUCAGACGAAGCCGGCAAAGAUGAUGACCACAUCCUUGAUGAUUUCCCUGAAGGAGGCACUCGAGCAUGGGCCGUUGCCAUUGGCACGGCUGGGAUAGCGUUCUGCACCUUGGGUGUCAUCAAUUCGUUUGGAGUCCUCCAGGGCUGGUACCAGGUUAAUCAGCUACAGGACCGCACUGCAUCAGAAAUAUCAUGGAUUGGGUCCACGCAGGCCUUUUUCGUGUUUGGGGGAGGUGUGAUUGGAGGACCCUUAUUUGACCUCUAUGGAGCCAAGGUUAUUUGGCCGGCGGCAUCUCUCUAUAUUGCGAGCAUUAUGUUGACCAGCGUCUGCAAGGAGUAUUAUCAGUUUGUGCUGGCUCAAGGCAUUCUUGGUGGGCUCUCUAAUGGCAUGUCUAUGUUCCCGGCGAUGUCUGCAGGACCCCAAUAUUUCAACAAGAGGCGUGCCGCCGCCAUGGGAAUAGGGAUAGCAGGGUCUUCCCUAGGAGGCAUCGUCUGGCCCAUCGCCCUUAAUAAGAUGCUAAAUGAAACAAAGCUAGGCUUUGGGUGGACAAUACGCAUUGUGGGAUUCGUAAGUCUAGGGCUUCUUCUUCCAUCCUGCAUUGCUAUUAAGGCUCGCCUCCCACCGCGUAAAAAACAAUUCUUCCUCUGGUCAUCAUUUACAGAACCCUCAUAUCUCUAUCUCGUCGCCGCGGGCUUCUUUAGCUUUCUCGGUGUGUUUACACCGUUAUUCUACUUGCCUAUCUAUGCCUAUACCCAAGGCGUGGGCGUCUCUUUGGCUUUUUAUCUUGCGGCUAUUUUUAAUGCAGCAUCAUUUGUGGGUCGAGUUAUCCCUGGCAUCCUUGCCGACAAACUGGGCCGCUUUAAUAUGUUUUUUGCUUCCACUAUUACUAGUGGUCUCCUUACAUUUUGCUGGCCGGAGGUCUAUACCAAAGCUGAGCUAAUUAUAUUCGCUUGCUUCUUUGGCUUUUGCUCCGGUGCAGUCACCACGGGAAUGGCAGUCGCUUUUACCUCUAUCCCUAAAGACCCCAGGAAUAUAGGUACAUAUAUGGGUAUGGGUAUGGGGAUCGCGGCUAUAUCGGCACUCGUGGGGCCCCCUAUUAACGGAGCACUCCUUAGCGACCGGGGGUUUGCCUCAAUGGCAUACUUCAGUGGAUCAGUGAAUUUUUUGGCAACUCUUCUGGUGGUUCUUGCCAAGUAUUCGACCGGCAAAGGAAUCUUUUCGAAAAAUUGA